ACUGCGCGGCUGAAGAAGUGUCGAAAGCUGCGAGGCCAUGUGAGUCACGGUCAUGGUCGAGUCGGUGAGUCUAAUGUUAACCUAGAUCGAACAGAAAGGGCUUUUAGUAUCAAAGACUAGAAAUCUAUUGCAAUGCUUAACUGCGAUUUAAGAAAAUCCUUUGUAGUUGUUUCAUGGUUGUCAUAAUUCAUUAAUUUUGGUCAGCUCACAUCUAUCAGGGUCGGCCAGGGUUUUGCCCAGGGUAUACAGCAUAUUGGGGUAUUUAAUUUCAGGUGUACAGUAUUAAUAAGCUUAAAAUUGGGUGUAGAGUAUUCCCUCACGACCAAUUUUGGGUCUAAAGUGCACCGUGUUUUAAUUUUAAUUUUAACUUAAUUUCAAGUUUUAGUAUAAUUUUUGGUAUAAUGGCAGGUUUAAUUCAGGUAUUUUGGUAUUCCACUACCUAAACCCCCCCCCCCCGCCGACCCUGAUUUAUACAGUCGAACCUCCCCUAACGGCCACCUCUUUACAAUGGCCACUUUCUUUCGUCCAGGUGGACGAAAAAAUCCAUACAUCGACUCUUGUUUACAACCUCUCUGCAACGGCCACCUUCUUCGUCCCACGUCCACUUCUGUUUCCAAGGUGGCCGUGGUAGAGAGGUUCAACUGUAAACUUAUUGCAGUUCUGUUGAACUUAUUUUAUGUUUUGUAAUUUGUAGUUGAGUAAAAAUCUUAAUUUGUCCAAUACCCUUUUUAAUUGAUUUGCUAUCUUAUAGCUUGUGAGAACAAUGACGUAGCUAUUAGAGAGGAAAAGAUAAUGUUCAAUCACAGAUGAAAAACCAAUCACAACAUGCAACCAAAGACUGCAUGAACACGGGGCGAUUGAUCUUCAUAUACUGUAUGAAAGUUUCUCAAUCAAAUUCAUGCGUUGAAAACUCCUGUAGGAUUUCUGCUCUACCCCAUACAUUUAUUUAUAUAUGCAUGCAUGUUUUGACUCUGUUCAUAGUAACUAUUUGUGCGGAAUAGUAUGAGAUUGCUGCAUACAUAAUAGAUGUGUUGGGUUGUACAGAAAUCUUACUAUAACUUCUGCUGUGUGAAGCAGCCAAUUAACUUUUGUUAAUGUGUGUUUACAGGGAAACACAGGAAACAUCCUGGAGGUCGUGGUAAUGCUGGAGGACUGCUUCACCACAGGAUUAACUUUGAUAAAUAGUGAGUUAGUGUUUGUUUUGCAGUAGAUUUCCUUGGUAGAUGUAGUUCUGCCCAUUCAAGUCAAGGCACUAUAUCAUGUGCGGUGCUAUUCUAGUAUGAUGCAGACAAAGGUUUUUCUUAUGCAAAUCCUUCUAAUUUUCGGCAGCUGUUACAAUUGCUACUUUUGAGAUAUAUGACUUGAAAUUUACAGGUUACCUAAUUUGAGCUAACAAAUUUUUCAUGAGUGAACUGUUUUCAUGUUUAUCGAAAUUUGAUCACUUGAUCAACUAAUGCAAAAGGCCUAUUGCGUUUUCUGUAACGUGGAUUUUUAAAGGCAUUCUUGUAAUCCACUGUUUUGCAUUACAGCCAUCCAGGUUACUUUGGUAAAGUAGGCAUGCGACACUUUCACUUAACAAGGAAUAAAUACCACAAACCAGCUGUUAACUUGGAUAAGCUGUGGUCCCUUGUCAGUGAGCAGACAAGGCAGUACUACAAGGACAAGACUGAUGGCCCAGUCCCAGUUAUUGAUGUUGUUCGUGCUGUAAGUAUGCUCUGUUGAAUUACCUUUAUUUGUUUAAUCCCUUGCCCACUCAUUUCUUGGUGGCAAGUACUCACACUGUAAAAUGAAGUAUAGGGUGCAUGAAGUAAGGUCCCAAGUGACCUUUGGAAAAAGGUCUAGAUAUUAGUAUUAAACAAAAUUGCAACUACUGCUUAAUCGUGAAGUGUAUUUUUUUUGUUAGUCAGGUCAUGGUUAAUCACACCUGUACCCAGAACAUUACUUUAAUUUCAAAAUGAGGAAUUUCAGAACCCUCAUACAGGUGCAUAUCUUCAUUGCAGUGUGGGAGUCUGAAAAAAUAACUUUUUUGGAACAUUUUGAGUUCUGCAUCAUAGAAUCUUUGUAAACUCUGCUUGAUCUUAAAAGAAUCUCCUUUGGUUUCACAAGAAAGCACAAAGUGAUCUGUAUGGAGAAGGUGCCACUGGCAGCUUCUAUCAGCCCAUUUAUGAGCUUACUGUAACACCCCCCAGGCCCAUGAUAUGAAUGGUGCGUGUAAGGUAGACCACACCACCGGGGACUUCCACUACUCUGUUUGAACGGUAGUGUUUUUUCUCUUACAUCCCCUUUGAUUUUGACUAAUGAAAGAAGGAUGAAAGAGACAAGGCCAACUGCUUAACGUCACUGCCCUAUGGCAUGAUCGUUUUAACUGAGACAAGAUCUCAAUUCAUAAGCCAGCACAAUCUCACCAUUUUUUUCUGGCCUUGGUUUGAACCCACAACCUCCCACUUGGCAGACCUAUGCCCUCCCAACUGAGGUAAUCGGGUGGUACCUUGUCUCUCCCUCUCUCACUUUAGACUCAGGCUAAGAAUUGGAGUAGUUUGUGUAAUGUCUUCUUCUAAAAUAGUAACAAACUGUUUUCUUUACAGGGAUAUUACAAAGUUCUUGGUAAAGGCCUUCUACCUAAACAGCCUGUGAUUGUGAAGGCAAAGUUUUUCAGUCGUAAGGCCGAGGAAAAGAUUAAGGAGGUUGGAGGUGCCUGCGUCCUGGUAGCAUAG